AUGGACAUGAAUAAUAGUCCUCCUUAUCCAUCCCAACUCCGCGAGGAAAGUGAAAGGCACAAUUUCUUUCUAAAGAUAACCUGUGCUUUCUUCAUUGAUUAUUAUAGCCAUGGAAAGUUUCUGGAUGAGGAAAUGCAACACUUCAAGAGAAUCAAACAUUUCACCAAUUUGGUCAGACAAUUCUUGUGUCCAAACAGAAGGUAUCCCAUUUAUGCUGGCAAUAUAAGCUAUCUCUACACUGUAAAGCAACUAGAUAGUUCAGGGGUGAACUUCAUGCCAUGUGAGGAUCAACGCUUAGCUGAGAUAAAGAAAGAACAGAGUACACAUAAGUGUAUGCCUUGGAAAUCUUUGAAACUAAAGGUCCCUGAAUUCAAGGUAGAAGACGAUACUGAAUGCAUCAUGAGAAACAUUAUGGCGCUGAAGCAAUGUGUUUAUCCAAUUGAGACUUAUACCUAUAAUUAUGUUUCCUUUUUGGAUCAACUAAUCAACACAGCUGAAGAUGUGGAAUUGCUGGUUGAGAAUAAAGUGGUUCAUAACUUGCUUGGUAACAAUGAUGCAGUAGCAAAUUUGAUUAACAAGCUUUGCGACCAGAUUGUGGAAACAAGUUUCUGCUGUGGUGGUAUAUGCCAAGAGCUUAAUGAGCAUCAUGACAAUUUUUGGAACGUUACCAAGGCAACUCUUAAGAGCGUUUACUUCAAGGAUCUUUGGACAAGUAGUUCUACUAUUGUUGCACUUUUUGUACUUUUGUUCUAA